AUGAGUAUCACGCAGCCGACUCGUUCUUUCGAUAUACUUGUGCCUUCUGUACUGCGGCUUCCCAUGAUCCAAGGAUGGACCAUCUUCCACGUUCACCAUAGCUGGGAACGCCAGGCUCCCGCCUCAAACGAGACACUAGCUGUAAGCCAUCGAGGCCAAAUGGACCUGUCCUUCAACAUCGGGCCCCUGCCGGACCACUUGCAGUCACCAUUGUGCUUCAUCUUGAUAGACACCUCGGCCUACCUUGGAGGGUAUUUUCAGCUGGUCCCGGGUCCUCGCCCGCGCCUCGCCGGGGGAUACAGCGCGAUGUGCGUCGUUGGGAGUCGUGAUGUCUGA